AUGACUCUCCCCGAAAAGUGUCAAGUCCUCGUCGUAGGCGGGGGUCCAGCGGGGUCUUACACGGCUUCCGUCCUAGGCCGUGAAGGUAUCGAUACCGUCCUUGUAGAAAUGGAACACCAUCCUAGGUAUGACUUGCCAUUUGAAAGUAGAGUAUCAACCUUUAUUUAAUACCUGGCUAGAUACCAUAUUGGAGAAAGCCUGCUGCCAUCUUUCCGUCACUACCUUAAGUUUAUCGACCUUGAUAAGACUUUCGAUUCGUAUGGUUUUAUGGUCAAGCCUGGAGCUGCAUUCAAGAUGAAUCCUACGGACCGAGAAGGAUGUAACUGUUUUCCAGAAGACUCUCAAUGCGUUCAAUGCUAACAUUCAAAAAUAGACACCGACUUCCUUGCUACCGGUGGUUCGAACAACUACUCAUGGAACGUCAUCCGCUCCGAGGCAGAUGAGAUCCUUUUCCGACAUGCCGCUAAGAGCGGCGCAAAAACCUUUGAGGGAAUCAAGAUCAACUCCAUUGAGUUUGAUCAGUCUCAAAAUACGGAUAAGAUCUCUGGGAUUAUUGGACGACCCGUCUCUGCUGCUUGGUCCAGCAAGGGCGAAGGAACAAACGGCAUUAUUCAUUUCGACUACAUCGUUGACGCUACCGGCCGCGCUGGUUUUUUGAACACCAAGUACCUAAAAACCGCCACUACAACAAAGCACUCAAGAAUGUUGCCAACUGGGCCUACUUCAAGGGAAGUGGCACAUAUGGAAGUGGGACUUCGCGUGAAAACUCCCUUUUCUUCGAGGCAUUACGAGGUAUUGCUGAUCAACCCUAUGAGGCCUGUUCAAAAGCCACUAACAAUUCGGAACAUAGAUGAGAGUGGAUGGGCCUGGCUCAUUCCGCUGCAUGACGGUACUCAGUCGAUAAGCGUCGUCAUGAACCAGGAAAUAGCUAUCAAGAAGAAAGGAGCCUACAGCUCAACAGAGGAGUUCUACAUGGAAUCUCUAAAGCAAGCUCCUAUGCUGAUCGAGCUUCUCGGCAAGGGCGAGCGAGUGACACCUGUCAAGUCCGCCUCGGACUACUCCUACCACUCACUCAUCCAGUUAUGCAUUACCUUACGCCAGAAUCGUCGGUGAUGCAGGUUGCUUUAUCGAUCCCUUUUUUUCCUCCGGCGUCCAUCUUGCGGGAACUGGUGGCCUCUCUGCAGGCACCACUAUCGCUGCCAGCAUCAAAGGUGAUGUAGAUGAGGUUACCGCAGCUGAAUGGCAUUCUAAUAAGAUCAAGCAUGGUUAUGCACGGUUCUUGAUUGUUGUAUUGAGCGCAUACAAACAGAUGCGAAACCAGGGGCAGUCGGUAUUGGCUGAUUACGGCGAGGACGACUUUGACAGAGCUUUCAGCUUCUUCAGACCGGGUAGGUUCCUCUAGGAUAAUAGACUUUGAGCAUUUCUCAUAACUAAUUUGUUGAGACUAGUUAUCCAAGGAACUACUGAUGCCACUAGCAAGAUUACGCAAGCUGAAUUCUCCAAGACAAUUGAGUUCUUGAACAAAGCAUUCAAACCAGUAUUCGACCCACCCAUCAACAGCACCAAUGGAGACGGCAUUGCCACACCCGUUGACAUCCAAGAGCAGCUCACAGCAGAAGACAUGGAGGCUCUUCAGGCUCUGCGAAAGUACCACAGCAAGGAUGGCGAGGGAUUAGAGAACUUCACGACAGACGUUAUUGACGGUCUGAUCCCAAGACUAGAGAUGACUCGCCUAACACUAAUCCCUGCCAACCAACAUGAAUAG